AACCCUCUUAACCAUCUUAGUUUAUUUUACGACCGUAGUGUUACCUACUGGAAAAGAUAUUAACCAAAACAUAACCUAACACAGCUCGUGUAAACGGUAUAAAUUAAAAGUGACAACAAAUUAAGAUUAGUAUUAACAAGUAUGAGUAUUUCCUCAAGAUUAUUGUGUCAAAAAACAUGGAAAAAAUUAACUUUUGUAAAAUUAUUAGGUAAAGAACCUAAAGCUUUUUCAACCUUGGUACAACCAAAAGAUGAUAGAGUAGAUGAUGAUAAUGAUUCCCAAACUCAAACUAAUAAUGAAUCAACCAAAUCUACAUCAAUUGAAAAUUACAGAUUUAUAUAUCCUGAAUUUUUACCAGAUCCUAAUCCAUUAUAUCGUCAGAGUAUAAGAGAAAAAUUAGAACGUAUGGAUAUGUUGAAGAGAAGAUUAGUAUUAAAUAUUCCUGAAUUUUAUGUUGGUUCAAUAUUAGCAGUAACGUAUUCAGAACCACAUGCAGUUGAAAAAAUAAAUAGAUUUGUUGGUAUAUGUAUAUUAAGAGAAGGCUGUGGUCUAAGAAGUUCAUUUCUUUUAAGAAAUGUUGUUAACGGGGAAGGUGUGGAAGUACGUUAUGAUUUAUAUGAUCCUGCUAUUCAGAAAAUUGAUUGUUUGAGGUUAGAAAGAAGAUUAGACGAUGAAUUACUUUACCUCAGAGAUGCACCAUUAGAAUAUAGUACAUUUCCUUUUGAUAUGGAAAUAGAAACAACAAUUUCAAAAUCUGUCCCAUUAAAUGAUAUUAAAGUCCCUCUUAAGCCAUUACCUUGGUCAGAGAAAUGGGAACGUAAAAAUUUAAAAGGAAUUAAAGAUAUAGUUGUUAAUGAAAGACGUCAAAGAAAGGCAGCAGCUGCCGCUAAACCGUGGGAGAAAUAUGAUCUGAUGAAAACCUACAGGGAGACCAUUCCAGAAGAGGAACAAAAUGAAAUAUUUUCAGAUGUACAUAUAGAACUUCGUCACUUAGAAAUACAGAAGACUAUAUUAAAACGCAAACAUAUGUUACAAAGAAAUAAACCAACUUCAUAAAUAUUUUUUAAAAUUAUUAAUAAAAAUUUGUUUCCCAUUUAUGUGUUAUCUUUAUAUUAAAAAGAGGUGUAAUGUA